AUGGCCGAGACCGAUACGGAGACGUUGCCGAACGGCACCGGAGCGAUCUCCAACGAGGAGGAGGAAGAAAGGCUGAGGCAGCGGCCGGCCGAUAUUGACGCUGAUGUCCGCGAAAUGGAACGGCGCAAGCGUGUGGAGGCGCUCAUGUCUUCGAAGCUGUUCCGCGAAGAGCUGGAGCGUGUGCUCGACGCGCAGAUGCACGAAGGCAACGACGCGCCGUUGCUACAGAGGAUCCGAGAGAUGGUGGGCGGCAGACUGCACACUGGCAGCCUGAGGGGUCCAGCAUGUGUUCUCCCAAUCAACGACAUCCGCGGCAUCGAAGGCGUGGGCUACGAGAAGGGAGAAAAGAUCCUCCGUUGCAAGCUGGCAGCCGUGUACCGUCUAGUCGAUCUGUUCGGAUGGACCCAGACCGGUAUCACAGGUCAGAUAACUGCCCGUCUCAACACCGCUGUGGAAUCGGUCCUCACGACUCCGCGAGGGCUGUUACCGCACGAGGUCACCGCUUCUUCCCUCGUGAAGGUCGACAUGCAGGGUGCCGUGCAAGACCAGGGUACAACCAACUUUCCUGUGAAUGUUGAAGGUUUCUCGCUGCACGCGUCUGUGCACGCGGCGCGGCCCGACGUGCGCUGCGUGGUGCACGUGCGCGCGCCGGCCGCGCUCGCCGUGUCCGCCACGCGCCGGGGCCUGCUGCCGCUCUGCGGGGAGGCCGCGCUGCUCGGGGACAUCGCCUACCACCGCGUGCCCAACGGUAUCCUCGAUAACGAGGAACGCGACAAGCUGGUCCGCGCUCUCGGCCCCUCCGCCAAGGUUCUGAUGCUGACUUCCGCGGGAGCCCUGUGCUGCGGAGCGACGCUAGAGGAGGCGUUCUUCCAAGCUCGGAAUCUGACUGCGGCGUGUGACGUGCAACUGAAACUGGCCUCGGUUCCUUUGGACGAACUGGCUUUAAUAGACGAAGAGACCAGGAGACAGAUGUACGAAGCGUCUCGCAAGCCGCCAUCGGACGCGGGCAAGUGGCGCGUGGGCGGCGAGGAGUUCGAGGCGCUCAUGCGCAUGCUCGACAACGCCGGGUUCCGCACCGGGUACAUCUACCGCCACCCGCUCAUCAAGAACGAUGUGCCUCGGCCUAAGAACGACGUGGAAGUGCCGCCGGCCGUGUCGUCCCUCGGCUACCUGCUGGAGGAGGAGGAGCUGUACAAGCAAGGAAUAUGGAAGAAAGGUCAGGGCAAGACAGGGGAGCGCACUCGCUGGCUGAACUCCCCCAACGUGUACCAGAAGGUGGAGGUUUUGGAGACGGGCACCACCGACCCCAAGAAGAUCACCAAGUGGGUGGACGCUAACAACGAAGAGUGGGUACAAGACAGUUCGCCGGCCCACUCCAGCACGCCGGUCAAGAUUGAUACCCUACAGUUCGUGCCGAAGAACACCAACCCUAAGGAGUUCAAACAAUUGCAACAACAGAUCAAGGAGUACAGACGCGCAGACAAGAUAAGCGCGGGCCCGCAGUCCCACAUCCUGGAGGGGGUGACGUGGGACGAGGCCAGCAAGCUUAUUGGCGAGGAUGCCGCCAACACACACACCGGGGACCACGUGGUGCUGAUGGGCGCGGCGUCGAAGGGCAUCAUCCAGCGCGGCUACCAGCACAACGCCACCGUGUACUCGGCGCCGUACGCGCGCAACCCCUUCGACCACGUCACCGACAACGAGAUCGACGAGUACAAGCGCACCGUCGAGCGCAAGCAGCGCCCCGGGGACUACGACACGGACCUGUCGGAGUCCGAGGCUCUGAGCGCGGCGCAGGUGACGUCACCCGCCAGCGCGCCCUCCGAGACCGAGGAGGAGUCGCGCGACGAACAUCGCGUGCUAAGAAUAGAAACGAAACAAGCGCCGGUCCGCAGUCAACCGGAAGUCGUCCUAAGUGACGUGGACACCACUGAUUUCUUGAACUCGGAGCGAGCUCACGCCGAUCGGACGAAAGUAGUGCACCAACAAGUCGUCCACCGAGACCCGAACUUGUUGUCAGACGACGAGGUGUUCUUAGACUCUCCCGCGUCGCCGCUGACGUCGUCAGGGAUGACGUCACCGUUGUCACACGUCAUCGUUAGAGCUAUGCCGCGAGAUCCUCAACUGAUGUCUGAUGAUGAGAGGGUAUUUUUCUCCAAUGAGCCGCGCCCUGCGGUCCAGGGUCCUGUUGUAGUCAGAGCUCACCAUGCUGCUGUGCAACAGACUGUCUCCAGAGGUAAAACAGAAGAUAAAGAAGCCCUAUCAACUAACAAACGUUCAAAACACGAUUAUUCUCGAAUAUCCAACUUCGAAAAUAUCGUCAAAAGUUUUGAUACACCCCCCAAAGUGCCCAAAUGUAAAGUUAGUCUUAGCACCAGGUUAGGUCACCAUGAGUUAGGGCAUGCCAGUAGCAGAUCUAGCUUACACUCCAUACCUUCUAUAGAAUGGGACGCUAGAUGCAAAUCCGACGGCGUUCUUAAAACUAGAUCUUUAUCUAGACAAAAGAGCGGCACCGGUAAACUUUAUAGAACACAGUCCUACAGCGGUUUCAUAAAUUCGUACAUCAAAGAUCCCGAACCAAAUCAUUACCAUCUACCUAGGUGUAACUCUUGUGGAACAACUAAUCUCUCCUAUACGUGGGAGUUGAGUAAAGAGGAGAAAACUCUUAAACCUAAAGCCUCUUCUAUAUUUCGAUCGGUAGAUAACAUUCAUCAGAAGUGUGCAGAAGAAAUAGAUAAAUCUGUGUGCACACAUGUUAAAGUGCAGGAAAAAUUCGUUCCGGUCUUCAAAGUUGACAAAAAAGAUGGCGAGUUUGUUGAAAGUCAAGAAUUCAAUGAAGAUAAUUAUAUAGAGGAUAUAGGUCACAGCUUCUCGUCUGAAAAUCAGACGGUUAUUGAAAAAGACGAGUCUCAUAACCCACCACUUCAUACCAUUGAACGAACUGUCCCUGGUGACGAUGCGUCUUUAAAGCCUACUGUGCACAUAGAUACGAUAGAAGAUGCUAAUGCAACCAUAGAAUCGACUGAAGGGGAAUACCAUAGCUUUACUGAUUUAGAAGAAUCAUAUGAAAGCCCAGUUAAAGAGUUAGUAGAGAAAGAUAUCAGGGAUUAUUCUGUACCUAUAAACUUUUACUGCGAAGACUACAAGACUAAUGAUGAUAAGCGAUCUCCAUUGAAAACUAAGAACGUUCUAGAACCUAUUUUAGAGGAAUCUAAAAGUUCGUACGGGGAUGAGUGUAACACAUCACAAAAUGAUAAGAAAGAUGUCAUUGAAACAUCGUUGACUGCUGUCUUAGCUGCAAGUUUAACAGAGAGCGAUUAUGAAGUUGAAAUUUCCAACGUUGAUAUUGAAAAAAUAGCUUCACAAAUAGAAACAGAGUGUGUUGAACAGUUGAGCAAAGACGUAAACGUCACUGAAAGAGAUAUAGAUGAUGUUCAUAUAAACGAUGAACCAAAUCUAUAUCCAAUACCUGAACAAGAAAUAAAUAAUGAUAUUAACGGGGAUAUAAAAGUAGUUUUAGAGAAUGAAGUGUUUGUAGAUAUUGGACGACAAGUUUCCUUAGCAAGCACAAUGAGUUCAAAUGACAGAGUAAGCUUCGAUUCAACAGCUGAAUUCGAGAAAUACGAAGUUGUGGCCGAGAUCAUAGCUAUUAUAAUAAACAGGAUUGAAAUUAUGUUACCGGCUGUAAAAGUUACUCCAGAAAUUAAUGAUGUUCAGGAUGAAGAAGCGAUAGAAACAUUUUCUAUUGCAAAAAUAAUUGAAGAUAUAGAACAAAACGUACAUUUAAAUGACACAAUUUUAACAGAAGUUAGUGAUACAGAUUUCGUUCAAACAAAUAAAGUGGUUGAAAGUAUUGUGUAUUAUAUAUUUGAUAGAGUCAUGUUUGUGAGUCGUGAGAAGAGUAGGACAAAUAAAAAGAAUGAGAAAAAAGUAAUCACUGUGGUUGAUUCCGAAGACAUUCUUUAUACGGCCAAAUAUGUUUGGUUGGAUUGUAAUGAGGAAGAGGAAAUAUUAAAUAUUGAACCAAUUCAAAUUGAACAAGUUGAACUAAAUAUACUUCAACAAAGUCAACAGACAGAUACUGCUUUUAAUGUAUGUUCAAAUAUAGAUUUUAAUUUUAAAGAAAACAAUUUUACUUUAGAAAAUUGUAGAGAUGCUAAAAAUGUUGUAUCGCAAACAGAUAAUGAAAAUAUUAAUACUGCACAAUCUGGUUUUAAUUCUGAAAUUUUAAAUAAUGAAGGCGACACUAAAGAUAUGAUUAUAAAAAAUACUAAUAAUACGGAAAUACCUAUAGAUGAUCUCGAAACUAAUGAUUUUGGAAAUAAAAUAGAUUAUCAAGUUAAAGAAAGUAUACCACGCACAACAGAUAAUAUUUUUGAUGGUUCAUGUGUUCCAAAUAAUGCAAUAGAUAAGUCAGAAGAAGUUAACAGAGGCUAUACCAUGGAUGUUGACGAAAACCUUAAUGAAACCUUUAUAUACUCCAGUGCGAUGAAUAACGCUUUCCUUGAAGAAGUCAGUCAGGAUGAAGAGUUUUUAUCUAGAACUGACCUUGAAAAUACAGAUCUGGAUAUGAGUGAGAAAAGACGUCAUGAGGACAAUUUACAAAAUCAAGACAUACCUAAGAGUUUGAACGAUAAUCCUCAACAAAUAUCUUACGAAGAAAACAUCAAUGAAAAUCGGGAAUCACUGACCCAUUUAAUAGACCAUGAACAAGAAUAUUAUUGUUAUGAAAACCCAGCUCUAUCACUAGAUGAAGAACCUAUCUAUGGAGAUGAUGAUCAUGAUCUGUCAGCGCUUGAAACAUCAUAUCAAACAUCUGACGCGUAUUUCACCCCGCCAAGUUGCAUAGACGAUCCUCAAAAGAUUUCCUCGUCUAAAGCCCUAAGCCGUUCUUCAUCUCCAAAUAUAACACCAAUUUUCGAACUAGAAGAUUCUCCAAUAAAAUCGCAUUUAAAAUUAAGACACUCCCUUGAUAAUACUGUUUCUCCGUUCAUCAGAAAACAAAACGUGAUCUCAAUAAAACAAACAGAAAAUUCUGGUGGAGUUAAAUUCUGGAUAUCUUUUGACGAUAAGUUGGUUGAAAAUGAAAAAAGGUCCUCUAGAGCCAUCAAGAGUGUUGAUGAUACUCUGCCUAGUUUUAUUUCAAUCGACAUGGACGAUGGUAAACAGAAAGAUUUUGCAGAAAAGGGUCUGACUAAACGGUCUUCUGUUCUUUUAAACGAUUAUAAAGAAGAGUUCUAUGGAUCACCGGGCAAAUCAAUUGAUUUUGCCGCUUGCGAUUCUGUAAUGGAGUCAAGACUGCCUAACGAUUGUGAGAUCCAGAAAGUGGAGAAUGUCGAAACUGUACCUCAAAAGAGGUUGCUGUACGAGGUCCACAGAAAACCUUCGAAGAGACAGUAUUCUAGUUGGCCUCCGUACGAAGAUACACUGUUCUAUAAGAUUAUAUCUCAAUUCAGAAUGUCUGAAAGUUUUGAUCCAAGCGAGCACACAGUGAACGGUGACCAUUCUGACGCACACCAGAGCACCUUCUCCCACAGCAGUAAAGAGGGAUCUCCAUCGAAGGAGGUAUCGACCGAGGACUCUCCGAAGAAAGACAAGAAGAAGAAAAAGGGUCUCAGGACGCCCUCUUUCUUGAAGAAGAAGAAAGAGAAGAAGAAGUCCAGCACGCCACAGCCCGCCUAG